AUGAAAAUGAAACUAUUUAUACGAUUCAGUCGCCGUUAGGAUAGGAUACGCACACGAUCGGUAACUGGGUUAACUGUCGCAAAGAAAGUGAGAUUUGAAUCAAAAGUUAAACAGCUUGAUGGAGCUAAAGAAAGUAUAACAUUUCAAUAUCGUAUUCAUUCAACAACGCGAUACAUCUUCAAUAUAAAAGUGGAUCGUCCUGAUGUGUGUCACAGUUUGCAGUAGUUGUAACGAGAUGAAGACUGUCCUUAUAUUGGCAGGGUUCAUUGCCCUGGUGAAGGGAGGAGCCCUUCCUCACGAAAAUCUCAAAACAAAGUAUGUUGAAGAGCCAUUUAUUGAGCGUCAAAAACAAAUUUUGGCCCUUUUUGAACAUUCAGAACAAUUAGACAUCCACUCUGAAUAUUAUCAACUUGGUAAAUAUUAUAAUAUUGAGGCUAACAUCGACAAUUACAGCAACAAAGACGCUGUUAAGGAAUUCUUGAUAUUAUUCAAAGCAGGUUUUCUGCCAAAAUAUCAUAAAUUUUCCGUGUUCUACGAAAGGAUGAGGAAUGAAGCCGUCGCCAUGUUUUACAUGAUGUACUACGCUAAUGACUUUGACACCUUCUAUAAAACUGCAUCCUGGGCAAAAAUCCACAUGAAUGAAGAACAGUUUUUAUAUGCCUGCUACAUCGCCGUGGUACAAAGAGGAGAUACUACUGGCAUCAUUCUUCCAGCUCCCUAUGAAAUCUACCCGCAGUUUUUCUUCAACAAAGAAGUUUUGUUAAGAAUGUACCGUACCAAAAUGCAGGGUGGUGUGUUCAAUGGUGAGGCUGCAGCCUAUUACGGCAUUGUGAAAGAGAAUCACUCAUAUGUAUACUACGCCAAUUAUUCCAACGGCUUAACUUAUCCAAACCAGGAGCAAAAGUUGUCAUACUUCACUGAAGAUAUCGGCUUGAACUCAUACUACUACUACUUCCACACACACAUGCCUUUCUGGUGGAAAAUUGAAAAACUAAGUAUCCUAAAGAAUCGCACUGGUGAAUUUUUCUUCUACUACUAUCAGCAACUUCUAGCACGGUAUUAUUUGGAGCGUCUUACAAAUGGAUUGGGGGAAAUUCCUGAGUUCUCAUGGUACUCUAAAUUUGAAACUGGAUACUACCCACAAUUGACAGGAAACUUCCUGCCUUUCGCCCAAAGAAGUAACGAUUAUGAAAUACAUAAUGAAAACACCUACGAUUACAUUCGCUUCCUAGAUGCCUAUGAGAAAACAUUUUCUCAAUUUCUUCAAAAGGCUGAAUUUAAAUCUCCUGAGAAGCAACUGAACUUCAUUGGAAAUUAUUGGCAUACGAAUUCGAAUCUAAACGACGAGAAAAUUAACAAGGAUCUUCACCAGUAUUCUUAUGAAAUCAUUGCUCGUCACGUCCUUGGUGCUAGCCCCAAACCUGUUGCCAAAUAUGAUUUUUUGCCUACUGCUCUGGAUUUCUACCAGACUUCACUGCGUGAUCCUGCAUUCUACCAGCUUUAUCAGAGAAUCAUUAACUAUCUUAUUGAGUACAAGGAAUAUCUGGAUCCGUAUGAGUACAAUGACCUUCACUUCGAGGGAGUUAAGAUUAAUGAUGUGAAAAUUAGUGAGUUAGUCACUUACUUCGAUUAUUUUGACUUUAACGCCACGAGUGGUGUCUAUUUCAGUCAGGAUGAACUUAUUUCUUAUCCUACUACCUAUGUUAUUCGUCAACCUCGACUAAAUCAGAAACCGUUCACCAUAAAAGUUGAAGUCACUUCUACUGUAGAGACAGAUGCCGCCUUUAAGAUUUUCAUUGGACCCAAAUAUGAUCCCACCGGAUACCCAACUAACAUUGAAGAAAGCUGGACGAGAUUCUGUGAAUUGGACUGGUUUGUGUACAAGCUUGUUAUUGGGGAGAACAAAGUAGAACGCAAUUCAAGUGAAUUUUUAUUCUUCAAAGAUGACUCUAUACCUAUUAAAGAAAUAUACCAGUGGUUAGAUCAGGGAAAGGUACCUUAUGAUAUGUCUGUUCAGCCAGACAAUAUUCCCAGGAGAUUGAUGUUACCCAAGGGUACACCCGGUGGUUUUUCAUUACAGUUGUUUGUAUUUAUUUACCCAUACAACAACCAAACGGGUGACAAUCCUUUCCAAAACUACAUAUUGGAAAAUAAGCCCUUUGGAUAUCCAUUUGACCGUCCUGUUCGUGAGACUUACUAUGGACAACCCAACAUGUUUUACGAGGAAGUACAAAUCUACCACAAAGGUCCAUAUUUCUCUUAUGAGCUGAAUGUUCCUACAUAUUUCCAAUCGCGCCCAAUACAGUGAUAUUAUAUUAACUAAAGUACUUUAAUUUAGACCAACACAAACAAUUGAAAUUGCAAUGGAAUUAAACUAUUUUUAUAAUUAUUGUUCUUUCUUAGUUUUUUAAUCCUAAUCGAUCACAGUCUCUAAUAUUACUAUGCAUUUCAAUACAAAGCGACAA